UUCAGACAAAGGAAGAUGGCUCCUGCACUCUCUGAUACUUUGAGAGUCACAUCUAGCUUACUUAUGCUUGUGUUACUAAUGUUUUGCAUGGGAGCAAUUAACUUGGAGGCCCAAGUUGGGAGCCUUGCUCCUGAUGAAGUGGAAGCUCUACUUGAAGUAGCAACACAACUGGGCAAAAAGGGCUGGAAUCGCAAUAUGACACUGUGCAAUGAUACAGUUUUACCUCGAAAGCUAGAAGCUGACAAUAAAGUUGUUUGCAACUGCUCAUUUCCUGGGGGAGCGUGCCGCGUUAUUGCCAUAUAUCUCAAAAGGCAAGAUCUUGACGGUACUCUCCCAAAGGCUAUCGAGAAACUUCCACACCUUAAACAUCUAGUUCUUUAUGCCAACUACCUGAGUGGCAAUAUACCAUCUGAAUGGGCUAAUACCAAGCUGGAAACAUUGUCUGUCGGCGUGAAUCGGUUGACGGGAAAAAUUCCUAGCUAUCUGGGAAGGAUUACCACACUGAGCUACCUGAACAUUCAGGACAAUAUGUUUUCUGGAACCGUUCCCCCUGAGCUUGGAGGCUUGGUUAACCUGGAGAAUCUAACUCUCAGUGCCAAUAAUCUCACUGGAGAGUUACCCCAGGCUCUCACUAAUCUUACCGGAUUGAAGGAACUAAGGCUUAGCAGCAAUAACUUCACUGGAAGAAUACCUGAUUUUAUUCAGAGCUGGAAACAACUUGAUACAUUAGAGAUCCAAGCUGGUGGUUUCACUGGACCCAUUCCUUCAAGCAUCUCUCUCUUGACUAAUCUAACUGAUCUAAAAAUAAGUAACUUACUUGGAGAUGGUUCAGAGUUUCCCAACCUAGAAUCUAUAGCAGGCAUUAAGUAUCUGCUGUUAAGCAACUGCAACUUGUCAGGAAAUUUUCCCGAAUAUUUGACCAGAAUGGCACACCUGAAAAUUUUGGAUCUCAGUUUCAACAGAUUAAAUGGUUCACUUCCAACAAAUUAUGAUGGCCUAAAAAGCUUGGAGAAAAUGUAUCUUACAAGGAAUAUGCUUCCAGGGCCCAUCCCAGAUUGGAUCGACAAAAGAAAUACACGCUACUAUACUCAUGAGAAGCUGGAAAUCAGAUUAUCCUUCCCAGUUUCCAGAUAUUUUUCAGUACAUCUGUGCAUGAAUGAUCAAACUAUCUCCAAGAUAGAGCGAUAUUCAGUGCACAUAAAUUGUGGGGGACCAGAAGCCACCAUUGGAAACACCAUCUACGAAGCAGAUAAUGAGCCAGGAGGUGCAGCAAAAUAUGCGUCCAAAAGAGAGGAUUGGCAAACAAGUACCACAGGACAUAUCUGGGAUGUUCCUGCUUCCUUGGAUUUCUACAUAGCAAAAAACAAGUCCAUGCUCAGAAUGGACAACUCUGUAUUGUACACAAAUGCACGCCUCACUCCUUUGUCUCUCACAUACCACGUUCCCUGUCUGGUAAAUGGGAAUUACAAAAUCAAGCUGCACUUUGCAGAGAUAGUAAUGAGGGAUAACAGAUCCUACUACAGUCUAGGAAGACGGAUAUUUGAUGUUUAUAUUCAGGACAUUGCUGUGCUGAAGGAUUUUGAUAUAGUGAAGGCAGCGGGAGGGGUGGAUAAGGUAUACAUUCAUAAUUAUACAGCACCUGUAACCAAUGGAGCUUUAGAGAUCCGCCUUCAUUGGGCUGGGAAAGGAACCACAAGGUCUCCCACAAAAGGAACAUAUGGUCCUCUAAUAUCAGCCAUUGAUGUGGAAUCUGACUUCAAGCCACCUGAUAAAGGCGGGAGGAAGAGAUUCAUUGUCGCUGGAGCUGUGGUUUUGCCAUUAUUCCUCAUUCUCGUAUUUCUAUCCACUCUUUGGUGGAAAGGUUAUUUGGGAGAAAGGAAAUCGAGGGAUCCAGAACUUGUUGGGUUAGAUCUGCUUACUGGUAUCUUCACCUUCAGACAAAUCAAAGCCGCAACGAAUGACUUUGAUCCAGCAAACAAACUUGGAGAAGGUGGUUUUGGCUGCGUCUACAAAGGAGUACUAUCAGAUGGCACUCGGAUUGCGGUUAAGCAGCUUUCGGCGAAAUCAAAACAGGGGAAUCGUGAAUUUGUGAACGAAAUAGGCAUGAUUUCUGCUUUGCAACACCCAAAUCUUGUUAGAUUGUAUGGAUGUUGCAUUGAGGGGAAGCAAUUGUUGCUGGUCUAUGAAUACAUGGAAAACAACAGCCUUGCGCAUGUUUUGUUCGGGACAAAGGAAAUCAAGGCAACGAAGCUAGACUGGCGUACAAGGCAGAGGAUAUGUGUAAGUAUAGCGAAAGGUCUGGUUUUCCUGCAUGAGGAGUCGACACUCAAAAUUGUUCAUAGAGACAUAAAAGGUACCAAUAUCCUUCUUGACAAGGACAUGAACGCCAAGAUAUCUGAUUUUGGAAUGGCCAAGCUUGAUGACGAGGACAAGACCCACAUCGACACCAGAGUUGCUGGAACAAUGGGAUACAUGGCACCGGAAUAUGCAUUAUAUGGUUACUUAACUUACAAGGCAGAUGUAUACAGCUUUGGUGUCGUAGCAUUGGAAAUUGUUUCUGGGAUGAACAACGUCAAAUUUAGGAGGGAUGAAAAUUUUGUAUGCCUUCUAGAUUGGGUUCUAUAUUUACAAAAAAGUGGGGACAUAAUGGAGAUGGUUGAUCCAAGAUUGGGGUCUGAAUUCAACAAGAAAGAAGUGGUUAGAAUGAUCAAUAUAGCCCUGCUAUGCACAAAUCAGUCUCCAGCACUUAGACCUACAAUGUCUACAGUAGUAAGCAUGCUUGAAGGAAAAACUGAUGUCGAGGAACUCGUCAUGGUUCCAAGCACCUUGGUUGAUCCAUCAGGGUAUGCUACGGCCUUACAUAAAAAGUUUGCUCAAUCUUCUGUCAAUGGAAGUUUAAGUGAAUCUCAGUCCCUCGUGAAGUCAUCAGAGGGACCAGGGACUGCUUCUUCCUCUUCAUCAGCCCGGGAUCUUUAUCCAUUUAGUAAAAGCUGAUGCCACAAACCACAACUUUUUUACCAUGAAAAAUCCUGGAUAAGAAACAGAUCGAAAACUAAAUACUCACGAAAGUAUUUGUUCGU